GAUUUGACAGCACCGGUAUUUUGACAGCUCAUAAAAAACUUUUGACGUUGCGGCUACAUUUUGUGUUUUUGUCCAUUUUUAAUCGUUUCACUCACCUCCCGUUAAUAAAUUGUACACUUUUCAUACUAUUUUUGUAAAUUAAACCAUUUAAUGAAAUAUUUAAGAUGGAGAUCAAAAGUGAGUUGGAUUUAAGUGGUAAAUUAAUAAUUAAGGUACAACUAGGAGAUGAUAUUAGACGAAUCCCAAUCCACAACGAAUCUUUAACGUACGACGAACUGGUUUUAAUGAUGCAAAGGGUUUUUAGGGGCAAAUUAUCCGCUAACGAUGACAUCACAAUCAAAUACAAAGAUGAAGACGGUGAUCUAAUAACAAUAUUUGAAAGUAAUGAUUUAUCAUUUGCAAUACAAUGCAGUCGUAUUUUAAAAUUACAAAUUUUACUUAAUUCUGAUAUGAAAAAUGACUCUGGGAAUGCUUUGUCAUCUAAUGAAGUAACUAAUCUCAAGAAGCAGCUCCGAAAUAUAAGAGAUCAAGUAAAUAACCUGCUUGAUACCAUAGAUAUACAGGAAAACAAAACUGUCAAUAGCGGGCAUCAAGAAGGAGGUGAGACAUCAAAUAUAGAUCUGAAUCAAUCCAGUUCAUCUUUAAACAAAGUUAACUCAAGUGAAUUUGAUCCACUUCAAGACAAAAAUCAGAAAAAUGGUACUGAAGAUGUUAAAGAUUCAAAACCAUCUACUCCACAAAUUAAUAAUGAAGGAUCUGGUAGUAGACCUCAGUCAGUAUCAAUGGCAACAACUCCAGGUCAGCAAUCUGUUGUAACAUCAGCAGCAAAUCCACAUGGAAUGAGCGAUUAUUUUGCAAGAUCAUCGAGCGCUACUAAUUUUCCAGGAAUGCAGUACAGCUCUUUACCCUAUCACCAACAAUACAACUUUCAAUCAACUGGACGCUAUGUUCCUCAAGUAAUGGAUAGCUCCCAGGUUCCAAGCUCUAAUGCUUAUUCAAAUCCACCACAAGGUAGCAUCUCCUAUCAACAACAACCACAAUAUGGUCAUCCUCCAGUUGUAUACCCUCCAUCAGCUCAAGGCAACCCCUACUCAAAGGGUUUCACUCAACCAUCCCCACAACACGGUUUCAUGCCUCCACGUCAGUAGGCAACCCACUUAUAUUAAGACUAUUUUAGACUAGUCUAUGGAGCGAACUUAAAUUCUGUUCAAUUAUCUGUUAUCAUUCUGUUUGAACUUUAUAAAUUAAUGUUGAGUCAUUGAUUUAAAAUUCAGAUAAUAAUCAGAUUAACUACCGAAAAAGAUAAUAAGUAGGAUUGGGGAUAAAAACUAAUAUUAAUUUCAUUUACAAAAUACAUUAAUAUUAUGUGAAGAAUGAAUAUAGAUUUUAAGUAUGAAAGUAAAUAUUACAGUUUUGAAUAGCUUUCAACAGUUCAUCUGAAAUAGGUAUAGACUGGUUUAUUGAUAAAUAAUGUUCUUCAUAUCCAUUAGCAUGAGAUAAUUGUAGUUCAUUGUUAUUUGAAAUUAAAGCCAAAAUCUUGCUCUAAUAAUGCCAACUCAUCUUUCUGUUUGUCAUACUAAAUAUUUCUCUAUUUACCUUUGUUAGACACAUCAUAAAUAGUUUCACAGAAUAAACACUGAGGUGAGCCAUAGUAUAUUGGUUUGGUUAAUUUUGUCAGUAUUAGUAAUGAUUAGAUAUUGUUAUUUAAAAAAACUCAGCAUCAGAACAUCAAACGUUUUAGAAACCUUGUUGUUUUACCAAUAUAUAUUUUAUUUAGAUGCUGAAGUCCUCAAACAGAUUGUUUUUCCACAUUCUCUAUCACAAAGAUUAAACAGUUUAUUUUUAAGCUGAAUUUAAAUGACAUUGCCGGUUUGUAUCAUGAACUUUUCAUAAGUUUAAUUUUUCAGAAUAAAUACUAAAUUCUUUUUAUAAGUUUGAAUAUUGACAAUACAAUACUGUUUAAUAUAAGUACUGAAAUGCGAGGCUGUUCAAUUAUUGUGAAGAAAUGUAAAUUUUAGUAUAAUUUACAUUUAUUAAAUGGUUUCAUUAUUUCAUUGUCUUCAUCAUCAUUUACUUGAAUCAUGUAAUUGUCUUAGGAUCACUCUUUGUAUUGCAAAUAAACCAAAAAUAUCAAAAUACUGAAUAAAUAUAACAUUACAAAUUUGACCUUCUAAUGAUUCGAUUAUAAGGAACAAAGAAAUAGAUUUUGCAUAUCCAAUUUUCGAAGCUUUUGAUUAUCCAUAGUAAUUCGUAUGUUUUCUUGUGUUUGUUUCUGUUCCUUUAAUUUGAUAUAAGAUAGAACAUCCAUGAAACUGGAAUAAUUCCGAAACAAAGCAAAGGUGAGUUUUCUUACCUUAUGCACUUUAAGGUCAAUUAUUCAUACCAUAGUUUAGUAUCAGUUCUUUUAAAGCACUGGAUUGAAAACAAUUUAAUUUGAUUAGAACAAUUUGUUCAAAAUAUAUUUAAUAUAUUCUAAACAGAUAUAGAUAAAUUGGCUUUGAAGAACCUUAUUUGAAACAUCAACGAAACCUAAUUUGAUCAAUUCCCAAACACCAACAACCCAGCUGCUAUACUCUCAAUAUUUUUAGUGGAGUAUUGAAAAUGGGUUUCUUGCCUUAUGAACUUAAAGUCAAGUAAUUGUACCACAGUGUAGUGUCAAUUUUGUUUGAAACAGUCUAUAUUCGUUUAGUAGAACUUUUAUGUAUUUGUUAAUUGCAAGUGUUCAAAUUUAGAAUUGUUGCAAAGUUGGGAGAACAAUAUUGAUUUAAAGCCAUUAAAAGACUGUAGUAUCCAUUCUUUUAUAGCACUGGCUUGAAGACAUUUUAAUUUUAUUUGAUCAAUUUAUUUAAAAUAUAUUUGAUAUAUUCUACACAAAUGUAGAUAAAUUGGCUUCGAAGUACCAUACGUCAAUGAAACCUAAUUCAAUCAAUUCUGAAAUACCAACAUUGAAGGCUGCAUUACUCUCAAUUUUUUUAGUGGAAUAUUGAAAAAAAGGUUAGUUUUUUGCCUUAGUCAAGUAAUUGUAACACAGUGUAGUAUCCAUUUGGUUUAAAACAGUUUAUAUUCGUUUAGUAGAACUUUUAUGGAUAUGUUAAUUGCUGGUGAUCACAUUUACCAUUCUUGCAAAAUUGGGAAACAAUACGGAUUUAAGGCCAUUAAAACACGGAUAAAAUUUAUAUUCUAAAAAUCACUUUUUUAUUGGAACUUGUAAUAUUUUUGAAUAAAUUACUUGGAAUUACUUGGACACAAUUUGGGUUUGUUUGCACAGACUUUCUAUUUAUGACUAAAAUUUAUUUAAGAAUUUUAAAAAUUUUUAGUGGUCGUUUAAGAGGAUUUGUAUGUUAAAACUGAUAUUGAUAUUAAAUGUUAUUUUUAAUCGUUUUAUGUAUGAUUGCAUUUUUACUAUCUAUUCUGAUGAAGCUCUAGAAUUUAAGCAAUAAAUAAAUUAAUAUUU